AUGACCAACUAUCUAACCCAACCCAGUCCGACUACGAGCCCCCGAUACUUGGCACCAGAUCAUCAUGUACGUGCUGAACAGCAGAUGACAUCUGUAGACUAUUAUCAGCCUACUCGAUUAAUUCAUCAAUCUCCAACCGUCGCACAUUCAGCUCAAUCUUCAGCUCUCGUGAAUUCGCCAGAUCAACAUCGUCCAACGCCUAGCAUUACCCUUGAAAGUCCUUCAUCACUAACCGAUACCUUCGCAUCCAUCUAUCGGAAAGAUGCAAAACACCUUGGUUACCGCCUCCCCCAUCCAUCCGGCGUCGAGCCCGAUCCGUCCAAGAAAGAGUACUGCACGCACUGGAUCCAAACUGGCGAAUGUAGCUUCGCGGCUAUGGGCUGCAAGUUCAAACAUGAGAUGCCUGGUAUCGAGAAGCUGCGUGAACUAGGCUUCGUUCGAGGCAUCCCGAGAUGGUGGAAGGAGAAAACUGCUAUCGUUCCCAGACCGCCCACAUGGAUGCAGCGACGGCUAGCUGGGAAUGAAGAUGCAGAAUAUGCAGGGGAAGUACCAGAACCAAGGGAAUUCUCUGACCCUUCUACCCUCAAAUUGAGGACCACUGAGGGACGCGAUUUAUUUAGUGAGGAAGUACAGCAGCCGCGUAAUAUUCUCAAGAGAGAUCUCUCUCCCAAGCAAACCACAGCAGGUCGCCUAACUCCCCCAGCAGCGAUAGUCAAGCAACCGACCCGGUGUGCGAGCCACGUGCCAGAUCUGCUCAUCGACCUUGAUGAUGCUCCCACUCCAUCACGUAGCCCCCUGUCAUCCUGUACAUCAGCGGCUAGCCGGCGCCACUCCGAACACUCAUGGACUUCCAACACCGAAGACGACGCCCCCAUCUCCACACCCACCAUUCCGAAUGUCAAGGUCAAGCUCCCUCGCCCAACCCAAGAACGACGUGAACCGCAUCCCCGCAGCACAAGUGACGACAAAAAGCGCCUUACUACUACACCUACUACGCCCACCCAUACUGACCUAAUCAAAUCUCAAUCCGGUCUGGCAUCCUCCAAGCAUGCCACUAUCACCUCCUUCUCCGAAUCCUCAAGGAACAGCUCCACGAAAAUCAACGCAGCAAAAAACACAUCAAACCGCAAUAGGAAUGCUAAUCGCAAGGGAUAUAGAGGAGGAGGAGUCGAUGGACCAUAA